UCAUCACGUCAGUGGAUUGGUGGUUUACGUCUGCGUCCGUCCGCAUGGCAACCGUGAGCUGUGUACAUGGAAUAACGCAGAGAGGAGCAGUUCCGGACAUUUAACGCACACCGUUCCCACACCUGUCUGCAUCUUCGGGAACGCCGUCGCGUAUCCACUCCGCAGCGGGAGAGGAGAGGCUUUGGUGCGGCGUGUCGCUGACUGGCAGUGAGCUACCAGCUGCCGUCGUACAUCUGCAGUCAUGACAGCAGAGGAGACCAUCAACAUCAAGGAGGCGGAGGUGAUGAAGGUGAUCCUGGACUUCCUGAACUCCAGGAAGCUGCACAUCAGCAUGCUGGCUUUAGAGAAGGAGAGCGGCGUGAUUAAUGGCCUCUACUCUGAUGACAUGCUCUUUCUCAGGCAACUUAUUCUGGAUGGUCAGUGGGAGGAGGUGAUGCAGUUUAUACAGCCUCUAGAAGGAAUGGACAAGUUUGACAAGAAACGGUUUCGUUACAUCAUCCUGAAGCAGAAGUUCCUGGAAGCUUUGUGUGUAAACAACGCCAUGUCAGCUGCUGAGGAUCCUCAUAAUCUGGAGCUCAGCAUGCAGGAGGCAGUCAAGUGCCUCCACUGUCUAGAGGAGUUCUGCCCAACCAAAGAAGACUACAGCACGUUGUGCCUCCUCCUCACCCUGCCGCGCCUCACCCACCACGCCGAGUUCAAGGACUGGAACCCGAGCACGGCGCGUGUGCACUGCUUCGAGGAGGCGUGUGCUAUGGUGGCUGAGUUCAUCCCUGCAGACAGGAAGCUGAGUGAGGCGGGCUUCAAGGCGAGUGGGAAUCGCCUCUUCCAGCUGCUCAUCAAAGGGAUCCUCUACGAGUGCUGCGUCGAGUUCUGUCAGAGCAAAGCCACGGGUGAGGAGAUCAGAGAGGGCGAGGUGUUGCUCGGCGUGGAUUUGCUCUGCGGGAACGGCUGUGACGAGCUGGAUUUGUCGCUGCUCUCCUGGCUGCAGAACCUUUCCUCGAGCGCUUUCACCUGCGCCUUCGAGCAGAAGACCCUCAACAUCCAUGUGGACCGCCUGGUGAAGCCCAGCAAGGCCGGACACGCCGACCUCCUCACUCCACUGAUCAACCGCCUGUCCCCGUGCCCUACCUCACCCUUUCACCAGAGACCUCAUUCAGCCGAUACCUACAUGUCCAGAUCCCUCAACCCAGCGCUGGACGGCCUGUCCUCCGGCCUGGCAGCGCAGGACAAGAGGGGCAUGGAGACGAACACGACGUCGGCUCUCAGCCGCAGCCUCGUGGAGAAUAAUGCGCAUCAGCAGGAUGAUUCACCUGAGAGGAAGCCUCCACAGGGGUUGGUGGAUGGACCCGAUGUCAAACGUACUCCUCUGACUCCUGGAAAAGAUGGAGGACCACCCAGCAGCACAGAAACACAGGAGUGUCGGGAUUCCACGGAGCACAUCCAGGAGUAUUACAGGCAGCGACUCCGUGUGCAGCAGCACUUAGAACAGAAGCAGCAGCAGAGGCAGCUUUAUCAGCAGAUGCUGCUGGAGGGCGGCGUCAGGCCGCAGGACGGAGCCCAGCAAAACCUCACCGAGGCAUUCCUCAGCAGAUCCAUCCAAAAGCUGGAGGAGAUGAACGCUGGCAUCGAUCCCAAAGGAGAUGAAGUGAUGAAACACCUGGGCCAGCAGUGGAACGGCCCGACGAGAAACAGCAGCACUUCAGGUCCCAGGAUGACAAAUGAUCACCCAAACCCAGAGAAAGGACCGCCAAAGGACAAAACAGCUGGGGUUAGCAGCAGCUCCCAGAUCAGCUCUGGAAAUCACGCCACGUGUUCACCCAAUGAAUCUUCAGUCCCUAAAAGUCGGAGUGCUGAAAGGAUCAGAGCGUCUGAUGAUUCUGGCUUGUCUGCAACACGAAACACGCACGAGCCAGGAAAAUCCAAAAGCCAGUUUGUGAGGGUGAGCCAGCUGGAGGACACUCAGGCGGUGCGCGCGGUGGCUUUUCAUCCGUCCGGAGCUCUUUAUGCUGUGGGGUCUAACUCUAAAACUCUGAGAGUUUGUGCAUACGCAGAAACACCAAACACCAGCGGUUCAGUCAAGCAGCCGGCAGUGCGCUUCAGACGCAACAAACACCACAAGGGCUCCAUCUACUGCGUGGCGUGGAGCCACUGCGGACAGCUGCUGGCUACUGGCUCCAAUGAUAAAUACGUCAAAGUGCUGCCUUUUAAUGCAGACACAUGCAAUGCCACAGGCCCAGACCUAGAGUUCAGCAUGCACGAUGGCACUAUAAGAGACCUGGCCUUCAUGGAGGGCCCAGAGAGCGGAGGGUCCAUCUUGAUCAGCGCCGGGGCCGGGGACUGCAACAUCUACACCACCGACUGUCAGAGAGGACAAGGCCUUCAUGCCCUGAGUGGUCACACUGGUCACAUUCUGACGCUGUACUCAUGGGGAGGCUGGAUGGUCGCGUCAGGCUCACAGGACAAGACGGUCCGGUUCUGGGACCUGCGGGUGCCCAGCUGUGUCCGAGUGGUAGGCACAACUCUGCAUGGAUCAGGAAGUGCAGUUGCUUCUGUUGCCGUGGAUCCCAGCAGCCGCCUGUUGGCCACCGGGCAGGAAGACAGCACCUGCAUGCUGUAUGACAUCAGAGGAGGACGCAUCGUCCAGACCUGCCGCCCCCACAGCAGCGACAUUCGCUCUGUGCGUUUCUCACCCGGGGCCCAUCAUCUCCUCACCGGUUCCUAUGACAACAAAAUCAUCAUCAGCGACCUACAAGGUGACCUGACGAAGCCCCUCCCUCAAACACUGGCGGGGGAGCACUGGGACAAGGUGAUCCAGUGUAGGUGGCACCCCCACGACCACACGUUCCUGUCCUCGUCAGCUGACCGAACUGUCGUCCUCUGGGCUGCAAUUCCUGAAAAGUGAAAGAGGAAACAAACGUAUUUACUGUUUGGAAUCUAUGUGAGUUUUUAUUGCACAGAAUGUCUUUGCUUGUCACUUUGCUCGUGAUUUUUUUGUAAGCUAAAGAUGAACUAACAAACAUCUAGUAACAGAAAUGGUAGAUGAAGCCUUUGUUCUGUGACACAAGUGAGUUCAGUGCGAGCACAUGUUCAGAUUAGCUUAGCUCCUUCCCCACAGCACACAGAUUUUAGUCAGCGAUCAUCCAAACACGAUGAAAACGGUAUUUUCAUCCAGGCCGCUCUCAUUUUUAGGGUUGAGAGUGAUGAUUAGACUCCAUGUUGAGUUAUGCAUAUCAUAAUGUGCCUUUUUGUAACAUUUGUAAAGAUUUUGGGAUGUUUGCAUUUUAUUACAGUUUUAUUUUGGUAUUUUCUCAUAUGCCUUGCCAAAUGUAAGUUUCGUAAAUCUCACUAAUGCCAAAUGGGUCACUAGCAUUUGUGUACACUUACAUGUACAAACCAAAGUUCUCCCUGUGAUUAUUAAAAGACUGUUACCGUUUAGUUCUGUACACACAAGUCCCACUGAUGUGUGGAAUUUUGGUUUUUCAUAAAAUUUAUUUUAAAGGAGCAUUAUGUAAGAAUUCUUCAGCGAAAUGAUGUAAUGCCUCGAUCAUGCUGGAGGGAUGGGUAUACUGAAACACGUUUCAUUCUCAGCCGGCUGGGGGUUGUCGAGUUUUCUCCUUUCAAAAAAACUAAAGAGGGCGUGGUCACUAUUUACGUUCUGUCGACUAAUGCUGCUGCCUUGGCAUUUGUAUUUCAGUUUUUUGUUAAGAUCCUAAAGUCUGAUUUAUGCUUCUCAAUCUGCAUCAGUGUGGCGACACACAACACCACCACUUGUCCUAGCGAGGGCUCUCCAACAGGCUCGCAAGGAUGAAGGCACAUCGCAGAAGCGGCGCGGCGUGCCAUUUCUGGGACACGUCGAUUUCCGCAGUUAACAUGGAGCUAGAUAGGAAAUCACACAUGGUUUCGGUGUAAAUUCCCCCGUAAUUUUCAAAAUAAAAGUACUACAGCGAUGCAAUUUCAUAUAUGUGUAUCUUACGUGUGGCCCAAAGGCUUAUUUACUCCCAGUACUGUUCUAGAAGUGCUGCGGUGUGUUUUUCAUGGCUUUAAUCCUGACAGUGGAGAGGAACAACAUCAUAUAUGACAUCAAAAAGUGAUGUCAAACGUCAUUUCCUUCUUUUUGGUUUAAUGGCAUAUUGCAGAAACAAACCUUGAGUGAGCUUGUGAUCUCGCAAGUCAAGCAAGGAGGAUGGUGGAAGUCUUGAGGGAUUUUGUGAUCUCGUAAAUCCAACGAAGAGCACAGCAAGGAAACAAGGAAACCGUUCCGCUGCUGUUUUGCACUGCUGAUGUUGCAGUGUGAAAAUGGGGUUAGGGACACAUUUGUCCGUGUUGAAAAUCUCUGAAAUGCAAAAAACACAAUAUAAACAUAAUAGUAAAUGACCGGAUACAUGGCAAGAUACCCAAGAAAAGUGUUACACCCUCUGUUGUCCUGGCGGGGAAUUACUUUGCAACACUCCUCAGAUAAUGGAGAAGUCUGAAGGCAAAACAUGUCCGUCAAUAAGAGCUUCUCUCCCUCACUGAGCUGAUGGAGAAGCAUGAAUUAGGCUUAAGCCAGUAAAUCGCAGUGACCCAGAAGUUAUUUCUUGUACUCCUGAGAAGCUACGGCAUCUUUUUGUUUCACUCUUAAUAUUGGGUGAAGCAGGCUAGAGGCUAAAGUUGCGCUAUCAAUGCUAAUGGUGAAUAAGAAGCAAAUGGCUCUAAAAUAUUUCAAGCUAUAUUUUCAAUGACCAACAACCCAAUAUUACAGUGAAAUCUAUGUGUGACGUGAAUAAUGAGUCAGUCGUGGCAUUUUACUGCCAUUAAUGAGGCGUUCAGAACUAUAACAUCAAUCUAACGGCAAGAUGGCAAACUCUAGGCAUACUACCGUAAUAAGUGUAGUAAAUGCUCCCUACCAUAAAACACACAAGAAUGAUAAUACCAGAUAUGUCAAUUUAUUUAUCUACUUACCAACAUACUGUAUGACUCGCCUUCAUUUAUCAUCUAUCUCCUAGCACUGAUUUGUAACUGGCAACAGCCAUAAAACUGGAACAGCUGGGAGAAAGUCACAUUUUGUUUAGGAAAAUAGACUGCAGUACCCACAUGUGACCACAUGAUGCCAUUCUUACUUCAUUCUUACAUACUGCACCUUUAAGUGUGAAAAGAUGAAAAAGGUCAUUAAAAUAGGACAUUUUAUAUUUGAUCAUAGUGAUGCAGUGAGGAAUUUUCCAGUGUCAAAAGUCUGAAAACCUUUAAAGGAACUUUACUGCAUUCUGAAAAUUUCUUUGAAGGGGUUUUUAUAAUUUUGUUUAAACUUACAGAGGUUAAAAAUGUUGCUUUUGGCAGAAAGCCUUAAGGUACACAUAUUUUUCCAAUCACAUGUAAAUUGUUGGAUCAUUUCCAGUAAAUGAAUAAUAAGGUCAAAGAUUUUUUUAGGUCUUUUUACUAAACAAAAAAAGAAAAAGGUAACAUUUUUAAGCACUGCUGUAGCAAACUUAAACUGUAGCUACAGUCAAAGAACAUUUUUUCUAAUCUGAAGUGAUCAUAAUCCACGAUGUGAAAGGGUGAGGUGAAAUGGAGAUGGACAUGAACAAGGAGACUCCUGCAGGACUGCAAAGUGAGCUGAUCAACAUGAGUCCCGUCCAGUUACACCACUUCUCACGUGUUCUAAACUUUGUAUGUUUUGCGCAUCCCAUAAUAUACAGUGUUGGUGUCCAGCUGUGAGGUUUUAAAUGAUACUAAUGCACAAAUCUUCACGUAGGAGAGGAAACACUAAAGGUUUAUCUUGGUUCAGCCUGUUGAAAUAAUAAAAAGUUGUUCUUUCUUUUGAAUAAAAACAACCAGAUGGAAUAAAGACAUGAGGUGAACGAUUAAA